AGGAUUCAUAGUAGACCGCUAGCGCAGUGAGGUAAAGUGUGGGCUCGAGAACGUCCGUGCGCUUCUUGCUCACAUUUCUGUGCGUGCCCUUUUAUUCCUGUGCGUUUGCGAUUGCGCACGACGAAAGAGGCACCGUGUGGACACACCUUAAAAGCUGCAAACAGGCAACCCGAUCGACACCAACUUUUGCUGCCCCUAGACACAAGUCAUCUGUGGAGAGAACUGUAACUUUGGCUUUGUGUAUAGUCUUAGUUUGUUGUGUGUAUUGUUGAGUAGAUGUUGGAGUUUGAAUUGGAGCGGAGACGUAAGGAGUUUGAUUUCCGUGAAGAUGAGUGAACUAAAUGAAUUAGAUGAAAAUAUGGCAGAUGUAAAUGUGACACAGAUUCCAGUUCAACAAGUUGAAGCAGACUCUCCCAGUGCAGAUAUUACCAUUUUACCAUCUCCCCAAGAAUCAGCAAAACCUACAGAAAGUGGAGACUCAUCAGAAACAUACAUCGAGAAAAUGCAACUGGUACUUGAUGGAUUAAAUGUUGCUAUCAGAAGACUGGAUGAACUAAGUUUGCAGAAUGAUGCACGUUACAGCAAAUUAUUGGAUCUCAAAAAACUUGUGGUGGACAGAAUAAGUGAAGAGCAGCAGAAGCAGUUCCAAUACAACACUAAUCAGUUGUAUCAGUUACGGAUGCAGAUCAUGGCCUACCGUAUGCUGUCUCGCAACUUACCUCUACCAACACAUGUUGUCUCGGGUAUACAGACUCCUCAGCUGGGUGCAGGUACUACGUCUACACCUUUAAGCUCACAAGCUUCAAGUAGUUUUGGACCAGUUGCUGGGCCCAGCCAUGUUCAGUGUGCUGAUGUUACCAGCACUAACACUAAUACUGGUGCUGCAUCAUCCAUUCCACAGCAACCACAAAUACAAAAUCGUAUUACUCCUGUUUCAAGGCCGUCAAAAUUACCACCUGAACUUUUAACAGCUGAGCGUGAACGCAGGUUGAAUGCUCGAAUAGCACUGAGACUUCAAGAAUUAACUAGUCUCCCAGCAGCAAUGCCAGAAGAUUUGAGGAUUAAGGCUGAGAUUGAACUGAGAGCUUUAAGGUUAUUAAACUUCCAGAGGUCACUAAGAGCAGAGGUUAUUGCAUGCAUGCAAAAGGACACCAUGUUGGACACUGCUUCACUUGCAAAAAAGAGACCAAAAAAAUUUAGUUUACGUGAAGCGAGGGCUACGGAGAAAUUGGAGAAACAACAGAGGCUUGAGGCAGAACGAAAAAGACGCCAGAAACACCAGGAGUUCCUAAAUGCUGUUCUUCAGCAUGGUAAAGAUGUGAAGGAAUACUUCCGGAACAAUUAUGCGCGGAUACAACGUCUUAAUCGGGCUGUCAUGACUCACCACGCUAAUGCAGAGAGGGAACAAAAGAAGGAGCUAGAGAGGAGAGCAAGAGAGAGAUGGAGGCGACUAAUGGCAGAAGACGAAGAAGGCUACAGAAAACUGAUUGAUCAGAAGAAGGAUAAACGGCUGUCACUCCUCCUCCAGCAGACUGAUGAGUACAUAGCAAAUCUAAAAGAUAUGGUGAAGCAACACAAAGCCGAGCAGUAUCGUAAACGGCGUGAAGAAGAGAUGGAACAGAAGAAGAAACGGAAGAAGUGGAAACGUGUUGUUGAACCAGAAAUGAUUGACAGUCUGCUUGAUGAGAGUUCUCAGAUGGCUGAUAGAAUUGCGUUGUUACAUACAGCUACUGGUCAGAUGUUGCGUGGGGACCAGAUGCCAUCAGGUGGUCAACUACAGACUUGGUUGGAAUUGAAUCCUGGAUGGCAAGUUGUAUAUGACGAUGAGAAUGGUGCCGAUGAUGAUAGUGACAAUGACUCACAGCAAGAUGAAGAUUAUCGAGGGUUGUGUGAUGAAAUUGUGACUGAUUUACACAAGAACGAAAACCAACACAUGAGAACUGGAGAGAAUUUAUCAGAUGAGGAGAUGAUGCAGGCAGUAAUUCAGAAAGCUAAAGCUGAAGAUGAUGAAUAUAAGAACACUACUGAAGAACAGACAUAUUACAGCAUUGCUCAUUCAAUUAAUGAAAAAAUUACGGAACAAGCAUCCAUAAUGGUGAAUGGGAAACUAAAAGAAUAUCAAAUACGAGGUUUGGAAUGGCUUGUGUCUCUGUACAACAACAGCCUGAAUGGUAUAUUAGCUGAUGAAAUGGGUUUGGGAAAAACAAUACAAACAAUAGCAUUAAUAACAUAUUUGAUGGAGAAAAAGGAAGUUCAUGGACCGUUUCUUAUUAUUGUCCCCCUUUCCACGCUGUCAAAUUGGGUGCUAGAAUUCGAGAAGUGGGCACCAUCAGUGUGUGUGGUAGCAUACAAAGGAUCCCCUUCCAUUCGACGCAGUCUGCAGACCAAAAUGCGAACUUCAAGAUUUAAUGUACUGCUAACAACCUAUGAAUACAUAAUAAAAGAUAAAUCAGUUCUUUCAAAGUUUCGGUGGAGGUUUAUGAUUAUUGAUGAGGGUCAUCGCAUGAAGAAUCAUCAUUGCAAAUUGACUCAGAUUUUGAAUGCGCAUUAUAAUGCACCACACAGACUCCUAUUGACAGGAACACCUUUGCAGAAUAAGCUGCCAGAAUUGUGGGCAUUGCUUAAUUUCUUGCUGCCAUCUAUUUUCAAGUCUGUGAGCACAUUUGAGCAGUGGUUCAAUGCACCAUUUGCUCUAACUGGUGAAAAGGUUGAAUUAAAUGAGGAAGAGACAAUACUAAUUAUACGUCGUCUUCACAAAGUUCUACGCCCAUUUUUGUUAAGACGACUUAAGAAAGAAGUGGAAUCUCAGUUACCAGAUAAAGUUGAAUAUAUAGUUAAGUGUGACAUGUCUGGACUUCAGCGUGUUUUGUACACUCACAUGCAGAACAAGGGAGUGUUGUUGACAGAUGGCUCAGAAAAAGGAAAGCAAGGUAAAGGUGGCACAAAAGCACUUAUGAACACCAUUAUGCAACUUAGAAAAUUAUGUAAUCAUCCUUUCCUGUUUCAACACAUUGAAAAGGCCUACUGCGAUCAUAUUGGUUAUCAAGGAAGUGUUAUAGUAGGACCAGAUCUUUGCCGAGCUUCUGGGAAAUUUGAACUUCUGGAUCGUAUCCUACCAAAAUUGAAGGCAACAAACCACAGAGUCCUUCUGUUUUGCCAGAUGACACAACUCAUGACAGUUAUGGAAGAUUAUUUGGGAUGGAGAGGUUUUCGUUAUUUACGCCUAGAUGGAACAACAAAGGCUGAAGAUAGAGGAGAACUUUUACGGAAAUUCAACGAUCCUGGAUCAGACUACUUCGUCUUCCUGUUGAGUACUCGAGCUGGUGGUCUCGGCCUCAAUUUACAGUCAGCAGAUACAGUUAUUAUCUUUGACUCUGACUGGAAUCCUCACCAGGAUUUGCAAGCUCAAGACAGAGCACACAGAAUUGGUCAGAAGAAUGAAGUCCGUGUCUUACGUCUAAUGACUGUUAAUUCUGUAGAAGAACGUAUCUUAGCAGCUGCUCGUUACAAAUUGAAUAUGGAUGAGAAAGUUAUACAAGCAGGGAUGUUUGACCAAAAGUCCACAGGUUCUGAGAGGCAGCAGUUUCUGAAGAGCAUACUACAUCAAGAUGAAGCAGAUGAUGAGGAGGAAAAUGAGGUACCAGAUGAUGAAACAGUCAACCAAAUGAUAGCUCGUGGUGAAUCUGAGUUUGAACUUUUUCAAAAGAUGGAUGCAGAGCGAAGGCAGACAGAAAUGAGCAGUGGUGGACAGUGCAAACCUCGACUGAUGAGCGAGGAUGAACUUCCUGCUUGGCUUGUGAAAGAGAGUGAUGAGGUAAAAUGGACUGAGGAAGAGGAGGAAGAUGAACAUAGUUAUGGAAGAGGUUCAAGACAGCGAAAAGAAGUGGAUUACUCUGACCGUCUUACUGAUAAAGAAUGGCUUAAGGCCCUGGAAGAGGAUGAAGAAGAUGGUGAAGAGGAACAAUCAGUGCAUCGAUCAAACAAGAAAUCACGCAAACGUCAGCGGCUUGACCUUCCGGUCUCACCAGCACCCAACAUUUCGGGGGAACCUCACAAGAAACGCCGUAAUCGUGAUCAAGUCUCCAAUUUAGAAUCAGUAAAUCUGAAGUUGCAGAUGAAAGAAUUACUUGAUGUUGUUAUAGGUUAUGCUGAUAGUGAUGGCCGUUACAUAAGUGAGCCAUUUAUGGAACUGCCUUCGAGAAAGGAACUUCCUGACUAUUAUAAAAUCAUAAGGCGGCCUCUUGAUAUUAAAAAGCUUAAGCAAAGGAUUGAAGACAACAAGUAUGUGUCUAUGAAUGAACUAGCUAAAGAUUUUAUACUGAUGUGCCGUAAUGCCCAGAAAUACAAUGAAGAAGGUUCAUUGAUUUAUGAAGAUUCUAUCGUUCUUGAAAGAGUGUUCACUGUGGCAAGACAGCGAAUGGAAUCUGGUGACUGCAGUACUACACAAGUAAAAGAUGAAGAUGAAGAUAAUGAUAUUGUUGUUGUCCAGCCUGAGGAGGAAACCGUGAAACUCCGUAUAAAGUUGAAAGGGCUUGGAAACAGCAUAAAUUAAGCCACUGAAAUUGUGAUUUCAAGACAUCCGUGAAAAAACUUAUUGACGCUAAACAGGAAGGAGCUUUUGAAAUAAGGAAGAAGAUACAAAAGGAAAAUGAGCAAAUAAAGACUUACAGCACUUUUUUGUUUUAUGUUUAUCAGUUAGAAAAAUGCUGAAUAGGUGAAACAGUUUAAACAAUUGAGCACAGCCAUGUUCAUUUUCAUAUUAUGAGAAAAAUUUGAAUUUCAAACAGGUAUUUUGUCUGAUCUCAACAAAUUUUUUCAGCUACUGCCCAGGUUGAGUGAAAGUAUUGUGAAAAUUGAGAAAAGAUCUGAUUCGUACAGUUCCCCUUAUAGCUUUAGUUUUCUGUUCUGGUAUGAGAGCAUAAUGCUAGUUGAUCCUUGCUUUAUUUUUUGUUUUUUGUCUGGUAAUUAGAUGAUACUAAUAAUUCUCUUCCAGUAUUAUUUUCUAUGUGCGAUAUAUCUAGCAGCAUGAAAUUACUUCAUUUAUAUCUCACUUUAUAAUAUAGUUAUCAUUGUUUUCAUCUUGAACAAUAUGUCAUCAGAUUUUCAUUUAGUUAAGAGUGUCCUUGAGCAUUAUACUGUGAGCGACAGUGAAGAGCAUGACAUAAGCACUGUGAGCAUUCAAAAACAUAAGCACAUACAUUUUGCUUUAUUGCUCUGUUGUUAUUGCAAAGAGUAUUUUCUAUUAUUAUUACUUAAUUAAUUUUCAUUAACUACUGUGGAAAAACUGUGAAAAUAUAUUUUGAUAGGAAUUAGUAUUUUUAUACAUGCUGACUAUUUCAAUAUCUUUUUUCAGUACAAAGGAAGAAGACUGUGCUUCUCUAUGAUAUGUACAUGAGCCACAAAAAGAUUCUUCUCUUAGCAUUAUUAAUGACAAGAUGUGCUAUAGCCUUUACUUAGAGAAAUUGUAUUACACAUACUAGAAAUGGCUUUUACUCGAAUUGAUUAUUGUAUACAUGGACAUUGACUUAAGAUAUUUAACAAAAUCUGAAGUUUUGUACCUUACAUGACAUUUUGAUAUUGUAUAUUAAUUGUUAAUUAACUCUUUGUGAUGUCUUAGGGAUAACAAAAAAUUAUUACUACUGCUUGUUGAAUUGGUGUGACUGGCAUGGACAGGUGUAUGGGCUACAUAAAUAUGGUUUUGUGUGUAUGUGUGGCAGAAAUAUGCUAAAUGCUAACUAUGCAUUUACUUUUCAGUAUUACAUACUAUGUUUUUCUUUGACUGACACUCCUCUAUAUCUGUCAUUAUUUUAUCUGUUAAUUGAUGUUUGAUGUUUCUCCUGUCAUCAUGUUUCAUUAAUGGAAUCAUUUGAUGAGUUUCCAGAAGAGACUUAAGCACUCAUUCAAUUGAAACUUGCUGACAGGUUAAAGCUGUGUCAGACAAAGACUUGAACCUGGGACCGUUGCUUUUUGUGGACAGUCCUCUACCGACAAGCAUCAAAGCACAACUCACGACAUGCUCUCACAGCUGCCUCCCACCAGUACCUGGCUCCAACCUGCCAAAUUUGACAGAAAUUCUGGUGCAUACCUGGAAGAUAGAACACUGUGGAGAAAUAACUUAGCUGCACAUAUGAAAUUGUUUCCUGAAUGAAUU